AGUAUUUUUGGGGUUAUGUCACAGUCAGACACAGUACGGUUGAAAAGCUCAAGCUUGUUUUGUAAAAUCUAUCAAUUGGUAACAAAAUGCUAUUUUAAGUUUACUUUUGUGUAUAAACGUUUUAAAAACAUAUUUAUCGGAGUGAUGUAGCCUAGUUUUUAUCAAUAGCAUUAUUUUCAGCGAACUAGGAUAAUUUUGAGUUGUGAUUGAAUUUUCUCCUAACCUAUAAAGACAUUCUUAUCAUGUUAACUCAAUCGUGUUCUUGCUGGAAUAUGUCAACUUUUAUUACAUUUCUCCUAUACGAUAGCUUGAACAAAUGGCUUCGUAAAUCUAGUUUGCAAUGAUUAAAUUAAAAAUUGAAGAACAAACAUAGGUAAUUAUUUUCUUCAAGAUUCCACUGACAAUGAAAUGACAGAAUUUUAUCUUCGAUCAAUAUGACUACAGGCCUAAUAUUAUCAAGAUUAUUGACAGUCCUUCACAACUCGUGUAGCUGCUAAUACUUAUUGUGUUUGUGAAUAGUAACGGUUUUCAUAGAAGAUGUCUUGAAAUAAACUGUGUGUUUAUAGGCUGCAACUAGACCAUGGUCUAAGUGAAGCAAGAAUUUGACAUUGCCUCAAAAUAUUAGCAAAUUCAAGCAAUACGACAGUGAAGCUCUUGUUGGAAGUAAUCAGACGUGUUUUGAGAGUUGAAUCGAAGCUUAUAACUGUGGAAAUUUCUCAAUUCUUAAUUACAAUAAGGCAAUACGGCAGUGAAGCUCUUGAUGGAAGUAAUUAGACGUGUUUUGAGAGUUGAAACAAAGCUGAUUACUGUGGAAAUUUCUCAAUUCCCAAUUACAAUAAGGCAAUACGGCAGUGAACCUCUUGUUGGAAGUAAUCAGACGUGUUUUGAGAGUUGAAACGAAGCUCAUAACUGUGGAAAUUUCUCAAUUCUUUAUUUCAAUAAGAAUAUGAAAUUACUACUGAUGAUACGGAAUCGCUGAGACCAGAAUUGUUCAAGUGAUGCGGCCUCUCUGAAUCCUGCCAAUAAGGACUAAUGGAGACAUUAAUUGUUUCUGCAUAUCCUGCAGAUCUGCGUCAUCGGUUCAGAAUCAAGGAGGCGGUGAAGAAGCCAGCGAAGGAGGAGGAGAAGACACCAACGGAGGUGGAGAAGUCAUCGAAGGAGGAGACGCGAGGAGAAGCAACAUAUGCCUACACAGACGAAGUAUCAGAUUUUGUAAAAAAAUGUCAAGUUAAGGUCUUUUAUUCCCCUGAUUUUAGAUUUACCAGGAGGAAGCACUAUUUUACUUCAUUCUACAAACGUUUAAAUAAAAAAGCAGAAGAUAAUCGGCUUGAACUUGAAAGAAGUCGUACUGAAGCAACCAAUGGAAGCUUUGUCACUCUCGAAGACAAACUGAAGGUAUUGGAGGAUAUGAUGCUCACAGUUACUGCCGAGGAACUCAAGGUGGUUGAAUCAAAGAUGGAGAGAGAGAAGGAAGUGAAGGUUGGUGAGGAGGUGAAUGAGGGAGAGAGUAGAGUUAAAUCCACCAUUUUGGAUAAAGAUGGAUUUAGUGGUACAAAGAACUGCUCUGAUGGAAAAGGAAAGAAUUCUUUGAUGUGGAAGCGAUUGAAAGAACUACUUGAAGAGAACAAUGCUCCAAAAACGUGGGCUGAUAUCAAAAUCACCAGCCAAAAACAUCCCAUAGAUCCUAGCUGUUAUGGAAAAGAAGUGAUUCGGAAGAUUAUCCAUAAAAAGAAGCCUAAAAGGCGUCUGAAGGUUCCAUUCACACGUGGUAGCAGACUUCCACAACGUUUGUCUCGAGAAUUGUAUGAGCAGAUCUCUUCAUCGGAGUCAUCCCAGAACGUGGGAAUUAAGAAACAUGCAUCCCAGAACGAUGAAAAGUCAUCCCAGAACGUGGGCAUUGAGAAACAGCCAUCCCAGAACGAUGAAAAGUCAUCCCAGAACGUGGGCAUGAUAUUGAACAUUGGCCGGCAAAGACCCCUCUACCAUGAGCAGUUUGAAUAUUUGCAAAGUUUUGAGAACGCCAACUUCAUCAGUGCGGACUGGGCGAAACUGGCCGCUUCCGCCGUGCAGCCCUCACCAACCUCCUGCAAGGUGUCCCGUUUACUAAUCCCAGUGCUAUGUGACAAGCUGGUCAAACUGAUCGAGUGUCAAGAUGAGUUGAAAAAGUUCGACAAGAAUGUGGAGUAUGGAAUGGAGAGGCUUGACAUGGAUGGUGAGGAAGAGGAGGAAGAGAGGAAGGAAGAGGAGGAGGAGGAGGCCACAAAGCGUAGUAGAAUAGACCCCGCCAAAGAGUACAAGACUGACUUGAUCAGGCAGGUGGAAGCAAGUGUAGAACACGAGCUGUCCAAUCCACCUAUCAGAGAUUGCUUUGUGAAACUAGUCAACGCUAAAUUAGACCAACUUCAAAAACCGAGUCCAAUUGUAAAUGAUUCAGAUGAAACCUCUGAAAACCCGACUCCAAUUGUAAAUAAUUCUGAUGAAACCUACAUAGAAGAAAUUUGUAGUUUACCUAAGUUUAAUCUAAAGGUUCCAGAACAUGUGACACGACCACCUCUUUAUAAAAUUGGAAGCACCAAUGAUGUGGGUCCUUCAAAAUGCAAGAAGAGGAAAAUUGAGGAGAGUGAAAUGGUUAAUUCCAGCCCAUUGUCAAGCAUUGUUAGAACCGAAGAUUUGAACGGUUUGAAACUGGGAUCACUUUCGAGUAACUCAGAUUUGCCAGCAGUGCAACAGAAACACGUUUUGUUGAACAAUAACUCAUCUCAUAACUCCAAAGUCGUACCUGACGCUCAGAAGCGCAUUAAAACAUUGAAACCUGUACUUACCCCAAGAAACAUUGAUCAGCAACCAACAAUACCCUCCCCUGACAAAGACGGAUCUCCUAAACGUAUUAAAACUCUGCAACCAGCGUUACCCUCUCCUGGCCAAGACGGAUCUCCAAAACGUAUUAAAACUCUGCAACCAGCGUUACCCUCUCCUGGCCAAGACGGAUCUCCAAAACGUAUUAAAACUCUGCAACCAGCGUUACCCUCUCUUGGCAAAGACGGAUCUCCAAAACGUAUUAAAACUCUGCUACCGGUACUAACCCCAAGAAACGUUGAUCAGCAACCAGCAAUACCCUCCCCUGACAAACAUGACAAAGAUGGAAUUCUGCUACCUGUACUCAGCACCGUUAAUGUAUGUUCUAAUUUAGCCAUACCUGAAGCUGCUCCGGUUGCUAAACGUUUGAAAAGCAUGGAGCCUGAACCCAAGCUGGCUAUAAAAAUUCAUAGUGUGGUUUCACUCAGUGGCGGCACAAUAAAUCCAUUCGAGAACAACUCUCCACAAAAAACAAAUGGGCUGGUUGUACCGACUGAAGUUCGGUUCAAGGAAAUUGCGGGCGACUUUGAAAAGACAACUUACAAUAACAAAGAUGUUGUGAGUCGCUCGCAGUAUGAGUUUGGCAUUCACAUUCUGAAAAGGGACAGUUUCAGUGAAAUGGUGUAUAUACCGUAUGCGUAUGACAUGAAGCACAACGAGGAUGGGUAUUUCGGCAUGUAUUUUCAUCGUGGCACACCCGACACUGUGAUGGUGGGACCGUUUCAAACGAACGAAGACCCCCAGAUAUUCGUACACCGGGGUCGCAAUCCAGUGUGUGUCACACUGGCCAACAAAUGGUGUGAGGACAAAGAUUUCCUUGACACGUUUUGGAACUGCCACAACAAAGUCCUUUUGAAACAUAUCGUGAAAUAUGCCUAUGCAAAUCGUGCCUAUGUCUACAAGACACGGAAGCCACAACCUAAAUUUAUAAACAUCAUCAGGAGAUCGCUGAAUGUUUCCAAUCAUCAGACCUUGAAUUCUACAAGAAACUUGUGUGCCGAACCAGCUCCACCGGUUGAACUAGAAAGUACAGAGUCAAAGAAAGUUGAUGUCGAUCCAGUUGAAGAUGGUGAAAACAAUCGAGUCAGAUCUUUGAAACCAGCUCCACCGGUUGAACUAGAAAGUACGGAGUCAAAGAAAGUUGAUGUCGAUCCAGUUGAAGAUGGUGAAAACAAUCGAGUCAGAUCUUUGAAACCAGCUCCACCGGUUGAACUAGAAAGUACGGAGUCAAAGAAAGUUGAUGUCGAUCCAGUUGAAGAUGGUGAAAACAAUCGAGUCAGAUCUUUGAAACCAGCUCCACCGGUUGAACUAGAAAGUACGGAGUCAAAGAAGUUGAUGUCGAUCCAGUUGAAGAUGGUGAAAACAAUCGAGUCAGAUCUUUGAA